AAUAAUGAAGGGAGGUAAUGAAUCAGGGCCCCAAUUGGUAAAAACCGUAACAAACCCCUUCCCGGCGUUACUCACUUCCGGCGUAGCAAUGGACCCAAAGUUCGCCGGAAAACCACUCCCCGUCACCCAAUACCACUCCGGCGACCGUAAACACCUCGAUCGGAUGUCUGAAACCCCCACUCGACCUCCUCACCAUCGCCGGACCCAAUCGGAAACCUUCCUCCCCUUCGCCGACGAAGACAUCCUCUUAGACGACGUCGUUGCAGACUUCAAUUUCGCCAGCAUCGACCUCCCUACCCUCUCCGGCGACCCUCCGGCACCAACCUCUACUGAAAACUCGUCGGAGAGAGAGCCCGCCGGUAGAAAGCCGGUAGGGUACGGUAACCAUCUCAGGAGUCUUUCUAUGGAUUCUGAUUUUUUUGAUGAGUUAGGGUUUGGUUCAGCCGCCGGCGACGGUGGGAGUCGUCACCGGCAUAGUAAUUCGAUGGAUGGGUCUGCUGCGACGUCGUUUGAAGGGGAUUCUGUUUUGAUGUUGGUUGAUAAUUCCAAGAAAGCACUUGCGCCUGAUAAGUUGGCUGAACUUUCGUUGAUUGAUCCAAAAAGAGCUAAAAGGAUUCUUGCAAAUAGACAGUCUGCAGCGAGGUCGAAGGAGCGGAAAAUGCGGUACACGAGUGAGUUGGAGAAGAAGGUGAAGACGCUGCAGACGGAAGCCACUACGCUCUCUGCGCAGGUUACUAAGCUGCAGCGGGAGACUAGUGACAUAACGACUGAAAACAAGGAGCUCAGACUAAGGUUAGAAGCAAUGGAACAACAUGCUCAACUUAGAGAUGCUUUGAAUGAAGCACUGAAAGAAGAAGUCAACCGUCUUAAACGUGAGGCGGGUCAACCACCACUCCUCAACGGGAUGAACUACAACGCAUCAUUGCCGCCUCCAUACUCUCCACACCCACAAUCGCUUCAUCACUUUGCUAACCUGAAUGCUCAGCCGCCACAGCCACAGCCUAAUUCGAAUAAUACGGGUCAGCUCAAACCUAGCUUCAUGGACUUCAACUAAAUAGUAUAAACAAGCGUAAGGUACAAUUAUAUUAUCUUGUAGAUAAAUACACGAUGUGAGAAUGUAUACUAGUAUCGGUAUAGAUUGUUCUUGAAUAACGCGUAUGCAAAUAGGAGCUGUUUUAGUACGGUUCGGGUUUGUAAAGGUUGUGGAACUUAGCAUCUGUAUAUAGGUUUUCUAUAUUUGUUCCUGAAAGCGGUUAUUUAUGUGAGUUGUAUUCAUUGUGCAACUCUUAUGGUUAUGUUAUUGUUAUAGAAUAGAUGGUAUCUAACAAUUCAAGUUGA